UUUUUAACUUAAUAGUAUUAAGUAUCAAUACUAAAUUAUAUUUUACUGCAGAGUAUUCAUUUAAAAUGGAUAACAGAGUUCAUUUAAAGUUAGAUAGAAAUGCAGCAUCAAGUGUGGAUGCUUAUUUUGAAUACAGAAGCAUUGUUGGAGAUGAUGAUCACGGAAGACUCUUUUCUCCUCAAGAAUAUGAGGCCUACAAGAAAAAAGUUCUUCCCAUGAGAAUGAAAAACAGACUGUACGUUAGUUGGAGCAACCCAGAAGGUAUGGACUGCAAACUGGUGGGUCCAGAGACAUUAUGCUUUUGCCAGCAUCGGUACAAGCAACAUGUGACAGAUUUUAAGGAGAAAGUGAAAGAUUCCAAAGAGCUGAAAUGCAAGAUUGUUGGCUGUGGGUGUUCUGGGUAUAAUUAUGUCCCAAGAAAUGGAACUCAGCCUUUAAGAUGUCACUGUAAACACCAAGCAACAGAGCACAGCGAAAAAUCUCCAUUUUUGUGCAAGAAUCACAAAUGUGGAUGCUCUGGCUUCCGGUCUUCAUACCGCUGUGGUUGUGGAUCGUUAUUAGAAGAUCAUGUAACCAGAGUUGAAACAAGGGAUGAAAGAAUUAAGCGAGGGCACCCAGUGGCUAAUUAUGAGCCCCCAUACGCAGCAAUGGGAGGACUUACUGGUCUUAGUUCUUUAAUUGAUGGUUAUAUGAGAUUGGAUGAUAGCGGCAUUGGAGCACCUUCUAAAGAAUUUUUGGAGCAACCGAGCACAUCUGGAAAUUCUUUGCAAUUAGUGGGUAAAAGUGGACCACCCAUGAAAAGUGGUGCUGUUAAACGAAAAGUAGCAAAACGGCCAGAAUGGGUCGAUUAACUGAUACUAGGCGUGCACACAAGACACUUUUCUGCAAGUUUGUUUCAUUGUUAUUUUAAAUCAACUGUGAAUGAAAUAUUAUUGUUUGUCAAGUUUAAAUAAUAACGUUCAUACAGUAUUUUCACAUUUUACAUAUGCAGCUUCAGCAGUAAAUAUUUGGAUUAAAGUAUCAGACAGAAAUUGUUUUAAAACAAUGUCUGGGCCAAAAUUUGUUAAUUUGUGUUACGUGAAUAAUUCUUUUUUAUUAAUAAUAUUUAUUAUUAUUUACAGAUGAAAUAAUUUUCAGUAAUUCUCCUGACACCUUCGUACAAAUGACAAAAUUACUUCUUUGUCAACUAGACAGAAAUCGUUAUUAUAUGAUCGGAAUCGGAGUUAAAACAGAUUCCAUCAAAGAAUGUGAUGAACCAAAUUUGUUUGUUGGCCUCACUGAUGACGUCACGAUGAAAAAUUUAUCUGGUU